AUGGUUUAACCCUACCCCAAAAACAACAAACAAAUAGUUACAUCAAUUGGGAUUGUGAAAUGUUACGUACCCAGUUGUUUGUGUAAAACAAAGUGAGGAAAGAGACCAUUGUUUGCCAGUUCAACUAAGUACGCUGUUUUUUUAUUUUCCCCACAAAACCAUAUAGCCAUCGGUCGUAGAUCCCACGAACCCCAUCAUCACACCACUCUCUGCAGUUUUCGCAACCAAACCUUCUUUUUUGUUUUUAUUCCUCUGCUUAUUGGAUUCAACGAAGUUGUUGUGAUUAAGGAGAACAUAACUUUUUGAAUCACACAGAGAGAGAGAGAGAAGAGACCCAGUACUUUCUGCAUCCAAACCAAUCACUACUGCGGAUAACUGGUAAGUUCAUAAAGGGGAGAUUCUUCAGUGAUCAUCUAUCUGAUUUGGUCCAGCUAAGGAAUCAUUCAGAAGCCAAGUUGAUUAAGUACUAGAGAGAUCAUAUUUUGGAGUAGUAAAAGUUAAUCAUAAGCAUGGGAUCUUUCAAGGGUCAUGCUUUGCCAGGGACUUUGUUUCUUCUAGUUGGGGUGUGGCACGUAUGGGGCUCUGUGGUGAGAUAUGUUCGCAAUCCAAUGGCGUUUCAAGUCAGAGUUUGGAAUCCUGUGCCAGGGUUUGAUGGGAGGCUGAAGCACCUGGAGCUAUAUGUUAUUGCAAUUGGUGCUUUCGUUGACAUGUGCAUCGAGCUUUUGUAUUCACCACACCUCAAGAUUUUUGUUGGUGGAGUCCUUAACCCCGCUCACAUGAAUGACUUUGAGCACUCUGGAAUGCUUCUUAUGUUUUUCAUCUUUGGUGUUGUUGCCCUACUUUCCCAAAAGACCAGAUUUCUUCCCUUGCCAGAAGGUGCUCUUUGUUUGCUUGCUGCCUCAGCAUUCACUGCAGAGUACCUUCUUUUCUACUUCCAUUCAACAACACACAAGGGCCUUGAGGGCUAUUACCACACCCUCCUUGUCUUCCUGGUUGGACUGUGCAUUUUAUCUUCAAUUGCUGGAGCCCUUUUGCCAACAAGCUUUCCAGUGGAUUUAUGCAAUGGCAUUGCUAUAGCACUGCAAGGUUUAUGGUUCUAUCAGACAGCCUUUGUUCUCUAUGGCCCUAUGAUGCCAAGUGGUUGUAAGCUUAGGGAAAACAGUGUCACAUGUCAUUCUAUUGAUAGUGAGGUUCGGGGCGAAUUGCUUGCUAAUUUUCAGCUCUUUGUUGCGGUUCUUGUGGUCCUUGUGGGAACUGUGGCAUCAUAUGGCUUUGCUGCUUCAAGAUAUGGGAGUUCUGAAGUCAGGAACUUGCAUGCAAUUCAGACUGAAUUAGAUCAAGACUAAAGUUGCGUUGCUAUUUUUUCUGGUGGUAGUUGAAAUGUGUUGGCAGCAUAGAGUUUCUUAUAGAACAUGUUUGUUGUAUAUUGAAGUGCAAAGGAUCAUGCAUGCAUGAUCACUGAAAAUUGAAAAUUAACACCCCCUCCUCCCUCAAAAGGAAUUAUACAUUUUUGACUUUUAGGAAUCGGAUGUCAAAGGAGCAACAAAUUAUUUUCCUUGGUGUAUGAUUACAAAAUGUGGCAGGGGAGUUCACUUGGAUCAUAUUUUCAUUGGUUAUCACUCUUUCUUUGUAAUGAUGCAUUCACUAAACACUCAUAUUGCAAAUUACCAGGACCAUUAUUUCAGACAACAUAAUGAAGAAGCAAAAGCUAUGCCAAGAGUAUAAGAAUAUAGCUGAUUAGAAAGUCAA